AUGAUGGAAGCCCUUCUCCGUCAGUUGAUGAUGCAGGCGAUGAGCAGCCACCAGCCGGCCGUCAACAAGCUCGACCAUCCCGACACGGCCGAGACGGUCAACAUUUCGUCGUUGCCGUUGCUCAAGAUGUUGAAACACGCUAGGAGUGGUGUCCCUCUGGAGGUGAUGGGCCUCCUUCUCGGCACUUUUGUCGACGACUUCACGGUGAACGUCGUCGACGUGUUCGCCAUGCCGCAGAGUGGCACGUCGGUGAGCGUGGAAUCUGUGGACCCGAUCUACCAGGCGCAUAUGCUGGAAAAGCUGAAGCAGACUGGACGUGACGAGCUCGUUGUGGGAUGGUACCACUCUCAUCCGGGUUUCGGUUGUUGGCUAUCGGAUGUUGAUCAGCAGACUCAGAAGUCAUUUGAAGCCCUCCACCACCGGGCUAUCGCCAUCGUCGUCGAUCCCAUCCAGUCCGUCAAGGGAAAGGUGCUUCUGGAGGCGUUCCGUCUCGUCGAUCUGAUGCAUCUGAAUCCGAAGAGUCUCGCUCCGACUGGUGAGGCGCGACAGACGACGUCGAAUCUCGGAUACGUCGACGAGGAGGCCGCCAUGUCUCGGAAGAGGGAGUCGAAGAAAUACUACAAUCUGGUGGUGAACUACCGUACGACGGAGAAGGAGCGGAAGAUGUUGUCUUGUCUCGAUCGGCAUAGCUGGGUGGAUGGAUUGAGGAUUGGAGGAUAUAGGAAGAGGUGCAAUGCCAAUACCGACACUCUCGAGGAGAUGACCAAGAUGGCUGGACAUUUUGGAAAGGACGUGAUCGAGAUGGGCCCGUCCCGCAAAAAGAAGGAGAAAGACGAGAAGGAGCGCAAGAAGUACGGCAAACUCAACGCCAAGCAACGCCUCGAGAUGACCUCGACGAAAAUGAUGGAGGACAACAUUGUGCAGGAGAUGGCCAGCGUCCUCAACACGUCCGCAUUCCAU